AUGGAGGAGUUUGACAAGAAAUACAAUCCCACUUGGCACUGCAUCGUGGGAAGGAACUUUGGCAGCUACGUGACUCAUGAGACCAAGCACUUCAUCUACUUCUACCUCGGCCAAGUCGCUAUUCUUCUUUUCAAGUCUGGUUAG